ACUUGAUUCAGCUUCUGCCGACCACUUUUUUCAUGAGAGUUGAGCUCAGUGCUCAGUCAGAGCGAGAUUGUGUGUGAGUGAGAGACCGAGUCAGCAGUUGGGCCUUGGAUUUAUUGGGGUUGGUUUAGUUUGUUGUCAAUCGUGCUCAGCAAAAAGGAUUGAUCAUCACAAUUAAGUUAAUAAUUAUUAAGAAUUGCAAGAGUUAAAGCUAUCGCAGGAGCCACCACCAUCGAGCCAAGAGCCAACUGACUUCCACCAGUGCACAAAGGGCAAGGAUGAAGAGACACGAAAAUAAGUUUUUCCAUCCAACAACGCUCGCCACUCGCUAAUUCUAGUUUAAUUGGAACUUUACUAUUCUUACUAUUCCUUAUCCACUCAGCCAGCCGGAGGGUGAUUAGCAGUGGCUUGCAAUAAUUACGACUGAUGUGCAAUUCGUAGUGUUAUGCAAUAAUAAAAGCCAAGAAAAACCCAAGUUUUGCCUUUUUCUGGAAAUUAUCAACCAAUUGAUUGAAGUUUACAGUCUUAUUUAAUUUUGCUGGAAAUUUGAAUGGAAGUGCUCAUGGUGAUUAAAGGCUGAAGAAGAAGAUUCUUUCGGUGUUUCGAGUGUUUCUCUCGUUUCCUGUCAUCAUCAUAUGAUUCGAAAUGACGUAAAUCUUGAUGUCAAAAAGUGUCACUGUUAUUUUUGAUCCCUGAUGUGAUUGAAUUGUGAAAGUGUGGUCAACGGAUUUGUUUGUGCGAGGAAAAUAAUUUGCCAUUCGUCAGGAUCAUUGAUUUGAAGUACUUCCGUGUCUUCAAAUUUGACUAAAGACUAGAGUUAGAGAUACUAGUACUUAGUUUUUAGUUUAUGACCUUUGGACACAAUUGGUCAAUAUCAAUUAGUAAUUUAUCAUCUUCCUUUUUAAAUACAUAUGAAUUGGAUUUCCUGGGUGGAUCUCAUCUGUUCAGGUCAAAUAUGUUUGAGGAAGUGGGAAGAUACUUGCUGGAACAGGACUUUGCAGCCUUUACAGAUGAGGAGGAGAUCCUAUCGGUAAAGUGGAAGGACGGAGUUCUUCAUGUGACCAGAAUGAAUCAUGAGGAAAAUGGAAUCAUCGGGAGUAGAAACCAUCAGUGUCCAGUUAUUCCUACGCUUCGUCUGGCCGACUACUUUGUCGUGAUUGGAUACAAAAAUGAUGCUCAAAAGGGAGGGACUGGGGAAAUCCUUCAACGGUUUCCCACCAAGGACUGGGAGGAUGUCCCGUUCAUUGCUGAAAUUGAAUUAUUUUGUCAGCCGCAAGGAUGGAGGUUAUCUGCAGAAAGGCAGGAGCCUAAAUUUUUUGUAUCUGUCCUCACCGAUGUCAAUUUGACCCGACAUUUCUGUGCUUGUCUAAGCUUCCAUGAGCCGAUUUAUAUCACCCCAUCAAGGCCGAUAGACGAGGAGGAAGACAUUUACGGAUGUGUAGAAUCGUACUCCAUGAGCAUGUGUGCAGCACCGAGUGCUGGUGGAACGAAUCAUCACCACCACACAAUCAUGUACGCACCAAAGUGCCUGGUCCUCAUGUCACGAAUAUACCAAAUCGAAACCUUUCGGAACUGCCUAGGGACAAUAUACACCGUACACUCAGAGAACAUGGACAUAAAACUAGAAACAUUGGUGGGGACUCUAUUAGGUAAUUUCCAAGUUCCGCUAACUGGAGGACAGCAGAUUAGAUUCAGCCUUGGUGGGGGCGACCGACAAUUUUUCCAGCCACCUAUAAAUUAUUCAAUUCCGGUUACAAGUUCUUCGGUGGCACAGCUUUUUCAACAACUCGGAAUUAACAACGUUCUGACGCUAUUUUGUGCCGUGAUGACGGAACACAAGAUUCUCUUCCAUUCAAAUAGCAUAACCAGACUGACCGAUGCAUGCCAUGCCUUGACAGCUCUAAUGUUUCCCUUCCGUUAUAUUCAUAUAUACGUUCCUCUUCUACCUUCCGAGAUCAUAGAAGUUGUAAGCUCUCCUACGCCAUUCAUGCUUGGGGUACACUCUUCUGCGAGAUCAAUGUGUUCUGAUUUGAUGGAUGUAACAGUUGUCGACUUGGACGGCGGAUCAAUUACAGUUCCUGAUGGAAUAUCUAUCCCAACUCUGCCAGACCUACUUGCUACCCAAGUUCAGGAACAAUUAUCAUACGUAUUGCAUCCCGAGCUUACGUCAGCAGAUUUUGCAUUUCCUCCGCUAGUUGUCAAAUCUUCAAAUUCGAUCACAUUGGAUAAAGAAAUCCGAGCAGUUUUCUUGCGUCUCUUUGCUCAACUUUUUCAAGGAUAUCGAUCCUGCCUAGUUAUUAUCCGGAUUCAUGCAAAGGCGGUUAUUACAUUUCAUAAGUCCAAAUUUUUAGGCCGACGAGGCCUCAUAGAUAGUGAAUUUGUGAUUCGGCUAUUGGAUUGUAUGUUCUUUAAUCAAUUCAUCUUGGAAAGAGGUUCGCCGUGGAGAGCUUGUGAUAUUUGGGAUGACUUAUAUAAUGAAACUCCAGAAAAGUUAAAAGCCGAAGCGCAAGACAGUAAACUAACCUUGGUGCAUAUACAGGAGUUGGGUCAACUACUUCUCAUCAACGAGAAUCCUAGUGCACAACAGUAUGUUCCAAAGAUAAUGAAACCACCAGAUGGGGCCCACUCCCGAAUCCACGUGAAACAAUUUCCCACCUUUGAUUGUGGCCUCGUCCAAGAGUUGAUCAAUGAAGGGAUAAGUAAGCAAGCCCUUGCAAGAUUCAAUAAUAUGACAAAACAUAGUCAGCCAAGAAUUGUUCCGUUUGGUCCUUCAAUGUGCGGUUUGAUGGAUUAUCGGCAGCAUCAAAUCGUGGACAAUUCAGCCAGAAGACUUGAAGUUCUGCGUACUUGUAUCGCGUACAUCUUCGACAACAAAAUUUCUGAUGCAAGGAAAAGCUUUCAUGCAGUCACCCGUGCUCUAAAAAGUCAAAGUGCAAAAAUGGUUCUUUGUCAGGAACUUGGAAGUCAUAUAACGGGAGCGAAGGCGGUCUUAAACGCACAACAGUUUGACAUGGUGGUGAAAUUGAUGCACUGUGCACUUCAGGAUUGUUCCGUAAUGGAUGAACAUGGCAUCGCCGGAGCUCUACUGCCGCUGGCAUGCGAGUUUUACCGCAAACUAUGCAACAACGUGAAACAGUUUGCAUACACAUGCAUUCAGGAGCAUCCGGUAUGGAAAAAUCAACAAUUUUGGGAAUCUGUAUUUUAUACAGAAGUAGAGAAGGAAAUUAAAAAGCUGUACCUUCCACCACGCGAAAAUUCAUUUUUUUCAACAAACAAUUACUCAUCUGUGAUCUCUAAUAUACCACAUCGUGGUAGUGUCGAAUUGGAGGAAAAUCUUCCCGUGUUGAAUUCGAAUAACCCUGUAGAAUACUCGGCCCUUGAAAUUGCUGCGGAGCAGAUGAGGCUUGCUCAAAAUAUAGACCCCGAAAAAAUGAAAACCAAUAUCUCUAUAGAGGAAUCGACUAUCGUGGCGCAAGCCGUUCAUUUUUUAAGUAGAAUGACAUAUAUGCUCGUCCCUCUCGACACCCCCACAAGGCGACCGAGAGACCAUAACCACUACGGAUUCGAUGAGGAGAGAGUGAGUAACAUUACUAGCAUGGCUGAAAGCGAUAGCCUUGGUGGUGAAUCUGGUUUUGAAGACCAAGACACAUGCGUUGAGUCUGGAACGUCAGUAAAAAAGUUCAUAGGACGAUUCAUUGAUAAGGUUUGCGUCGAAGGCGGUGUUUCUGAGGAAUACAUUCGACGUACUCAGGCCAUGGUUGCAACAUGCGUCGAUAUGCAUAUAGAAGAUUGUGAAAAUGUAUACAAAGAGACUAAGCGUCUUCCACCAAUCCAAAAGCCCAAAAUUCCAAACCCUGCAUUACUCCCAGGAGAACUCAUGGUGCUGGAUAGCAUCCGAGUAUAUCUGCUACCUGACGGUAGAGAAGAUGGGACUGGAGGCAGUAUGGGUGGUCCUGUUAUUCUUCCGGCGGAAGGUGCUAUUUUUUUCACAAACUACAGGCUGAUUUUCAAAGGGACACCUUGUGAUCCUUAUGCAUGCGAACAAACGGUUAUCCGAUCAUUCCCGAUUUCUUCAUUGACGAAGGAGAAGCGCAUAACGGUUCAGUAUUUGGCCCAUUUAGAUCAACUCUUACAAGAAGGGCUACAACUUCGAUCGGCAACAUUUCAGUUAAUGAAACUUGCCUUUGACGAAGAAGUCAGCUCUGAUAGCAUCGAUGUAUUUCGAAAGACACUAAGUAAAUAUCGCCACCCUCAAGAUAUUUCUGGUUAUUUUGCAUUCGCUGGGCAACAAUUGGUUCCUACGGCCCCGCUUGUUACGAAGGAUAAGAACACAACGUUGAAGGGUUUCACCAAAAAGGCCAUAAUUUACACGGCAAAGAAGGCUGGUUUGAAGACAAAACCUUCUAAACGGCAAAAAUAUGAGCUUCGAAGUUGGUCUCAUGGAAAUGGAGGGACGCUGCCAGCUGUGGGUUCGAAACUUCAACUUCCAAUCGGUGGUGUUACUAGUCCGUUAAAACAUGGUCCGCCCUCGAGAGAAAAUCUUGAUGGGGAUGAUGUGUCGUUGUCUGACGAUGAAUUUCCUCACUCGCCUAUGAAUACUUCCCUUAACUCCGCAAGCGAUUCAAAGAGUAUGGAAAAAUUAAUGGAGCGAAGUUAUUACAAGGACUGGAAACGCAUGGGACUCGGAACCCUUCACAAAACUGUGAACCUCAACGCUUCCACGAUCCUGUCAAAAGCAGAAUCUUUUCGAAUCUCAUAUGUAAAUUGUAAUUACAUGAUUUGUCGUUCCUACCCGGCUCUCCUGGUCGUCCCUAAUCUCAUCUCAGAAGAAAGUAUAAAAAAAGUUGCGAGAUGUUAUCGAAGUGGUCGAUUUCCCGUCCCCACAUGGAAACAUCCGAGAAGUCGAGCGCUGUUAGUUAGGGGAGCUUCCUUCAAUAGUAAAGGACUGAUGGCAUUCCUGAAAGGACAUCCGCACCAUGCUGGGAGCGGUGUGAGUGAAACAACUGCACACGUUGAGCACGAAAACUUUCUGCGAGCUAUUGUUAAUGCUACCCCACUUGCUGUCGUCAAGCCAGGUUCCACGUGGAUGAGUGACAGCACUUUCAGUCUAGACUCGAUUUCCAAUGCAAUCGCACAGCCAAAAAUGGGAGUUCACCACCAUCAUCAAGAUUCUCAGUCUUACUCCCACCAAAUCACACCAGAAGUUGGAAGGAAAGGGAAUUCAUUCAUGAAGGCUAUGAACACGUUGAGGUAUGCUGGGACGAGUGGGGGUAAAGGAAUAUACGGGAACUGGACCACUGCCCGACCUCGUAAAAAUAUGUCGCAACCGAUAAUUGUUCAACCUUACUUGUCACAAAUACAAGCGGCGAAAGAAGAUCUGAACGGAAUUAGCGAUGUCCCUCCAAUUCCUCCCCCAAGAAUUCAAAAAGCCGCAUUAUAUAUUUUUGGGGAAAAAUCCCAAAUCAAGGGUAUUAAGACGGAUCACAACUCAAAGAUUGAGUACGUUCCUGUAGAUUUUGUCGAAGUACGCCAAACUCGGACAUCAUUUAAAAAGCUCAUGCGUGCCUGCCUACCAUCAAACGGGGGUCCGGACGCGGAAAACUCGUUUCUAAAGGCAUUCGAGGGGACGGAUUGGUUGAAUCAAUUGACUAGCGUGAUGUGGCUAUCAGGCGCUGUUGUAGAUCUUAUUGAUGACGGAUCCAGUGUUAUCCUCUGCCUUGAAGAUGGUACUGAUAUUACAAGUCAAAUAACAUCUAUCGCCCAGUUGUGCUUGGAUCCGUACUACCGAACUAUAGAAGGAUUCCAGACCUUGCUAGAAAAAGAAUGGCUUGCCUUUGGGUAUCGAUUCAGCCAUCGGAAUAAUGUAACUGGAGCAGAAGGCCCUUCUUCCAAUCCUGGAUUCGCUCCAAUUUUUCUCCAAUUUUUGGACAUCGUGCACCAACUCCUUCAUCAGUUUCCAUUGUCGUUCGAAUUUAAUCAAUAUUUCAUCAAAUUUCUGGCGUUCCACUCGGUAUCCGGGAGAUUCCGAACUUUCCUUGCAGAUAACGAACUGGAAAGGGUUGAGUAUGGAUUUAUGGCAGCAGAUAAUAAACGAGGAAGCUUGCCACGGCCGUAUAAAGGGGUAGAUACAGGAUCGGAUGACGAAACUUUGUACAUGAUGAAUACAGGAAAAAAUCCAAACUCUCACUAUUGCGGGCAGUCGGUCUUUGAGUACAUAGAGAGACAUCAUGCCAAGUCAUGUGUAUUUUUCAAUUUAAAGUAUGACAAAAAUUCAACUGCACAGGUUUUGAGACCUAUGCGUCAUACCUCAGCUCUACAAAUUUGGGAGUAUUUUACUAAAGAAGAUUUGUCUAUUGGAGCAUCGUAUGAUUUUGAAGUUGCUUAUGUGGAGUUACAAGGGGACGAAGACCAGCCAGCCGAGGGUGCUAAAGACAUACGAAAAUGUGUAAUGGCUGGUUAUGACAUCGUUGACCGGCACAUCCCUGACGCUUUUCGUCACUACCUUGCCAAGCAUCACCAGUUAGAGCAGGACAGGGGUCGUCUCCCACAAAAGUGGAAACAGAUUUUUGACAAGCUAGAAGCUCCACCAACUGAAGAUGGAACUGGGCUAAUCAGAGAACCUUCCAUCACAACCCAACAAGUACGAGCGUUGGGAAGAUCUCUCCAUAAAAAAUCCACCAUGGAUAUCCUCGUUCGUGGAAAGUUGGUGCGAUCUUCGGAUAUUUCGAAUGUCUAUAAUUCGCCACAUCGAUUCGAAAAGCAUACAUUUACGACAUUAGCAAAUUGCGAUACUUGUGGGGCCAUCCUACUUGCAAAGACUGGCCUUCGUUGCCUGGAAUGCGGAGCUAAAUGUCACGACAAAUGUGCUGAUGGUGUUCCCAAGUGUCGUGUAAAAUGUGUGAAAGGAGGACAUGGCUCAGGUAUGGGUUCUAACAAUGCAAUGAAUACCAUGUCUCUUCAAGCCAAUGUCGGAUCGGAUUCUUUGUCCGGGUCAUCUCACACGCCAUCCGUGCAGAAUUCUCAUCCUAGUUAUUAUGACGAAUUUUCCUCAAAUGUCACCGAGAACAGGACUCACGAAGGGUACUUGUAUAAACGAGGGGCGUUGCUCAAAGGGUGGAAACAACGAUGGUUUGUACUCGACUCGACCAAACAUCAACUUAGAUACUAUGACGCCAUGGAGGAUUCGCACUCUAAAGGGUUCAUUGAAUUAUCCGAGGUGGUCAAUGUUACUUCAGGGACUCCAGCCCCAGGAGCUCCGAAAAAAUCCGAAGACAAAUGCUUUUUUGAUAUUCGAACAACUCGUCGAAUUUACAAUUUUUGUGCCAGUGACUCAUCUUCCGCACAAGGAUGGAUUGAAAAAAUUCAAGCAUGCCUUUAAAUUAAAAUCUCCCCUGGUUUCAGACUGCAUUUAUUUGAGCCAGGCCACGAACAAGAAAGACUCGCAUAGACUAAUAACAAGUAUAUUCACACUUCCUCGUCGUCUUGUACAUCCCACCUGCCUGCACAUUCACUCGACUAAUAAAAGUGAUGAUAACGGGAGUAGAAGAAAUACAAUAAGAAUGAAGAUUUUUCUCCUACCCGAAACUAAAAGUCUGAAAAACUAUUAAAAUGAAAUACAAGAAAAAAACGAAUACAUCAUUUUUAUCGUCAUGUUUUUAACCCCUUCGAAAUUCCCUCAAUAAUGCGGACACCAUAAAAUGAAAUCUAGUACAAUAACACAAUCCAGUAUCAGCGGGUAACAAGAUCCGCAUAUUAGUAACUAUAUAUAAACAUAUAUAGUUAAUAUCAGCAGAAAUAGCUAUAAAGUUAGUUGAAUGACAAAAUAUUUGUAUAAUGAAUGCCACAAAUCAUCUUGCGAGUAAUUAAAGGAAGAACGUAGAAGUUACAUAGAUGUUGAUUUAGAUUGUCAAUCUACUUAUAUGAAAAAUUCACAUAAUGUGGGUAUCUAGCUGUACUAUUUGUUACUAUAUUUUGCCGCAUGGCUUCCCCACUCAGGGAUUUUUUUUAUAAAUGUAUACAUCACAAGGAAAUAAUAACAGUUGUAUAAUGUUGGCAAUGAAUGACGUUUUAUUCAUGUUGGUGUGUAAAUAGUUGGUAUUGGUGUGCACCAUUCCGUCUGGGAUUUUUAUGCUUGUCUCCAUACUGCAAAGAUGGAAAAUUGUUUUACUAUAAUGUUUUAGUCAUUCGUAAAAAAUGCAAAAAAUUUGUUUCUUAAAUUACUAUUUUAUGUAUUUUAUUUGUAUGAUACUAUUUUAUAUACAGUUGGAAGAGAUUCAAUGCAAGACCUGCAAAGAUUAGAAAUGAAAGCAUAUGUAUUAUUAAUAUGCCGUUCUAUAAGUUCCUCAUCAUGAAACGACCUACCUGUGCUACACGUACAUACAUACAUUAAUUUUUUAUUGCGACAUUUAUUACAAAUUAUGAUAUGACUUAUUAAUGAUUCAAUUUUGAGGGGAUGUUAUGUAUUAACUCUUACAAUUAGUUAAUUUAUAAUUGCCUGAUGUUUUAGCCUCAAAAUGGGUAAACUGCAUGUACUACAAAUUGCAAUGAUUAAUACUGAAGUACAGGCAUACUUAAUAACUCGGUGAUAGAUUGACGCUACUCGACGCAUAAUAAUUAUGUAACGCAACAGGAUAUUUAUGAACCUAUACCGCCCGCCGCAUUAUCAGUUAUAUACCAAACAUGAAAUUUUCUUUAAAACGCUUACGCCACUCAACUAAACAGGCAUAAUUAUUAUAAGAAUAUGGAUUUUUAUACAGUAACGUGUAAGCUGCUUGCCUCUCAUAUGCUCGUUCUUCGCCUUUUUAACUAAUAGCCUGUAUAAAACUGUGUAUGCAUAAUUCACAAACAAGCAAAAACGUGGGGUUUUGGUUGUUGAUUAAUAAUUUACUCGUGCAGACCUUGUGACGGUGCUUUAUUUAUCACACAACGAAAAUAAGUUUUUAAUAGGAUUAUUAUACACGUAGGUUAUCCAAGUAUACACAAUUGUUUUGAGCAAAAAGUCUGCAUACAAUUUCCUCUUUGUGAUUUCAAUGAUAUUCCUGAUGGUGUGUGAUGAUCGAUGCGAUAUUUAUGAUCUCCUUAGUCCUCUCUCUGUCCCUCUUUUCCUCUGUCCAUCCACACCGCUUUUAGUUACACACACUUUGUUUUUCUCGCCUUUUGUAUGAUGUGGGUUGACUUUUAUAAUUAUAUUAUUACUACACAGAGAUAAGAAUGGAAUAAAAGUUUGUUGCCUUAUCAGAA